AGUCACAGUAUAUUGACAUUUUAUUCUAAACUGACAUUUUCCACUUUCUCAAAAAUAAUAUUUAACCAUUAAACAUUAAACAAUAUGAGUAUACAGGUAUUAUUACACCAAAAUCAUAUUUCUGGCAGCUUUUCCGAAUCUGCAUGUGAAGCACACGAUGACGAUGAGGAAGAAAUUCACGUAGAACGGAACAAUAGUAAAGUAGCAACGGAAAACGUCGAGCAGACAACAAAAGAUGAUGCAUCAAGCAAACGCCACCACCGCUGCGGCAACGCCGGCAACGGCGGCAACGGUGGCGACAAGUAUAAUUUAUUAGGCGAAGCUAUCCACUUCUACGACAAGCCUUCCUUGAAGAAGCACGCCAGAGUACCGCCGCCCACGCCCGCCUACGACAUCGAUUAUCAGCGCCCUAUCGUGCACAAACCCCUCGCAGUGUCGCACGUUCCCGCCGCCGAUCUACCGAAAGUUAGUGAUAGCGGCAUCCGCUUUAGUAUCCAAGCUCUUGGUAAAAUUCUCGGAUACGACGAGUACGAAUACGACCUGGUGCAAUUCUUCUUGUUGGAUAUUCUCACCGAUUGUCUCUGGAAAGCUCAAGAUGUUUUCGCCUUCAAGGAAAACGAACAAAAGUUACUUGAAUGGGUCACGGCUAUAUUUAAACUUAUUGCCGAUCCACUUUUAAAUUUAUCAAGAAAACAAUUCCUGCGUGUCUUCAAAAACAUUCUGUUUGCCUUAUACAAACACGUCAGCACGUCGUGCGAAAAGUUUCCGGCUACCGGGUUUAUCGACCAUUAUGUUCAAGAGUUGCUAGAACAAGAAGCAGUAGUUGCAAGCUCGUCCGAUAGCGAUGAUGAUGACUCAACUUCCUCAUUGGAUGAGAACCACACAAUUUCAGUAUCAACCUUCUCGAUCACAUCGAGCGACGCACGCAAAAUCACCAUCCAGCCGGAGUUCGACAUCAAGCAGCAUAUAAAUCACUUGAAGACGAACAAUCCGGUUGGAAAUAUUGUCCAUGCCUAUUCAGAUCCCUGUCUAGUAACAGACUCUAUGAAUCAUCAAGAAGUAGAAGGCGAAGAAGAAGGAGAAGAGGAGGAAAGUUUAGAUUAUACCACAUCUCAGAUGACUAAUGAUACCUCGCAAUGUAUUAACACAUAUCCAUUCUGGGCCGGAUACAAAAAGUUUAAACCAAUUGAUCAACCCUGUAUAUGUGACCCGAUUACUCCCUCUCAAAUCCACUGCACCUGCAUCAAUCCAUAUAUUAUGGCAGGUGAAGAUAUGGACUAUAAUGAGGUCAUAAUCAAUAUAAGCGAAUUGCAAUCGAGUGAUGAUAGGAGCGUGGUGAACUCCACCGACACGAAUAAAGAUUCCGACUUAACGUCGGGCACGGACGGCCGACUUAUUGAUGAGAAUAUUAAAUCAGCAUCCGGGCAAGUUAUCGAUUACUUGAGUAAGCGUCAAGCAACCUCUACGUUUCCACCACAAUCGCCUGCUGCAACAUCAUCUUUAUCGCAGGCACGAAGUGGAAUUAAUCUGCAAGAGACUAAGUUAUCACGAGUUGAAAUGGAUGCAGAAACUGCCGGCAAACAAAGACAAUCUGAAGUGGAGCGACAAUUGGAAUUGGAGCGAGUGCAUGAAAUUGAAAUUAUGAAGGAGUGGGCUUAUUUUAAAUUGAUGGAGCAACGCAAUUGGGAUAUGGAUGACCCACAAGUCGGCUGGGUGCCGUGGAUGAGCUGGAUGCAGAAACAAUCCGAUGACAACGCCGAUGUGAGGGGAAACUUUGCGGUCGUCGCGGAAAGUUUCGCGCAGGCGAAAAGUCAUGACCUACUUGAGCAUGUGCCCGCAGUGAAUGAAUGUCCCGACCUGAGAAAAUUGAAUUUUAACAUUCUUAGAGCGAUAGUGGACUUUGUUUUCGAGUACUUUUAUGAAAACUUUCAUUUCACAUUAAUAAAACUGGCGUUCCUGUCCCCGAAUCUCAUAACUCAGACGGUAAAUGCGGAGUGGAAUAUUCCGAAGGUGAUGAAGACGCAGUUUAAGCCACCCAAGGAGCCGAAGCCCGAAAAAGAGAAACGUCAGAAAGUCCCAAAAUCGAAAAAGGAAAUAAAGGUAACAAAAAAGAUGCCAAAGGAAAAAAGGCGUCGAAAACAAAAAGGACACAAAAGAAAAACUGAGCCGAAGGAAAAGAAAGGUAAGGACGAGUUAACGCCGGAGGAGAAGGAAGAAUUGGAGCGUCGCAAAGCGGAGGCGGAACGCUUGGAAGAAGAAAAGCAAGAAAUAGAGGAAAAUCGUGUUUUCCUGUUUCCAUUGGCCGACGCAGCUAGCGAGAAUCUAUUUAUGAGUAUAUUUGAAAAUUGGGUGAAGGCCGGCAAAGUUGACAAAGGCAAAUCACAGAGAAACAUAAAAGAAACCGAUAAGAAAAAGAAAACAAAAAAAUAAUCAACUAAAACCUUCAACUACUCAAAUUUAUCAUAAAAUCGUACAGCUAUAGCCAUCAUGUGGCUGAAAACCAAAGCAACACAACAUUUUCUCUACGUUUUAAUACAGGCAUCGCCAUCUAAAGCACAAAACAUAAACUAAAUCAACAAAAAAUUAAAAUAAAACUUAAAAUUCACUAGAAACAUACAAUUUUUAAAACGUACAUUAACUUAAUUUACAUAUUUAAGAUUAUUUCGAGUUUUUUGUAUCCAGGUCAUAUUAUUUUGAAAAUUUGUUUGAAAGUCUACCUACGUGAGUAGGAAGUAAAGGUGAGUGAUAUUUCUGGCUAGAAAAUGGGACGAAUUUCAACGAAUUUAUGGAACAAACUUUCAAAGUGCUCAUUCACUUAAAAAUAAAUUAUCUACAGUACGACAAGUACUUACACACUAAUAAUAUCAGUAAUACAUUGUAACUUAUAAUAAUUUCUGACAAUACAGACAAUUAUGUAAAUAAAUGAAUAAUAUUUCA